GAUAAUUAGGCAGGAGCCCCUUCCAUGUAUUACAGUAGAGGCCUCCCUUCGAGCCCCCGUCCAGCAUGUUUAUAGAAUCUUCAUUAACUCCAAAGUGAUAAGCUUGGCUGGACAUAGCAAUCCAAACCCCAGAUAAGAGGCAGCGAACACUUUCUACAUCAUAAUUGUCAGGAUAGAAGCUAAAAAAUUAACUCAAAGAAGAGCCCUGCUGGGUUUAUUCCUGCCACGUCCAUCCAUUGCACACGAAGGAACCUCCGAUCCUGACAAUAUCCUAAUAACAGCUCCCGAGAAGGCCAAACAUGAGGUGGCAUGCCAGGUUACCAUUGCUGUGCUCUGUUCUAAUGGUCCUAGCACGGUCUACGCUGAACAGACCAUUGCCAGGAUGGAUAGAAGAAGACUUGACGCAUCAUGAAGAGGAGGCAGAGGAGGUUCUCAGCGCCUUGACUGGGACCAUGAAAGAGCACUUGAAAGAAAGUCUGAACUUUACAGGAGUCUUAUUUCCAGAGAAGACCCCAAUGAAGCUUCCUCAGUAUAUGAUCGAUCUCUAUAACCGGUACGCUGAUGAUAGGACGUCCAUGCCGGUGUCCAACAUUAUCCGAAGUUUUAAUGUUGAAGAUGUUGUGUUGUCAUCUUCCCGAGAGAACCUUCUCCAGAGUCAUAUCCUGCUGUUUAACGUCACCAUCCCGCAGCGUGAGGCGGUCACCAAGGCUGAGCUGAAGCUGAAGCUUUCCGGUUUGGGGCACCUCAGCCUGUUUGACGUCAUACACCUUGAACCCUCGGAGAACCUGAUGGACCCCAAUUCCUUUUUAGGUGCUAAAGAUGUUUCAGGACAUGAAUCUGUAACCAUGGAUGUCACCAAAGCUGUGAAACGAUGGAUAAAGUCCAAGGUGCAACUGAACAAACUGGAGAUUUUUCUGAAGACGAAGUCUCCAUUGGACGCAUGCUUGAAAACCAAAAACUUUACUAUCGAUUCUGACAGAAGUCACCCCCCGAUUUUAAUUGUGUUCUCAGAUGAUCAAAGUGAGAGCAACAUGAAGGAGAAUCCCAUGGAUCUUACCCAGAUGAUGCUCUAUGAGCGAAGUAACAACCUCGGCACUAUUUCCAAAAACACCACGGUUGGUGAUGGUGAAGGACACGAAGCCUUAGGAGAAGGAAAGACCAGGUCAAGACGCAGUGUAGAACGGAACCACUGCACAAAGGCAUCUCUGAUGGUCAACUUCAAAGACAUCGGAUGGGACUCCAUCAUUAUCUUCCCUCCCAGUUAUGAUGCCGGCCAGUGCGUCGGAAAUUGCUACUAUCCCCUGACGGAUAACCUGACGCCUACAAAACACGCCAUCGUUCAGUCAUUGAUGCACAUGAAAAAACCCAAAGAUGUCGGGAACGUUUGCUGUGUCCCGACCAAGCUGGAGAGUGUGCAGGUUGUAUACCGGGAAAACAGACAGACGUACAUCAAGAAAAACUAUGAAGACAUGAAAGUAGUUGAGUGCGGCUGUAGGUAG